AUCUGUUUUCACACACAUUCCGCUUUCUUUCUGCUUCGUCAUUCACUCAAAAAUCCGCACACAAAAAUCUUGAAAGAUAAAACAAACGCAGAUAUUAAGAAGAUUUCCAGAUAAUAGCAAUGGCUUCCAGCGAUUCUGACUCGCAGAUGAAGAUCGUCCACGGCGAUGCUGGUUACAUACUCGAGGACGUUCCUCACUUCUCCGACUAUAUUCCAAAUCUUCAUACAUAUCCAAAUCCGCUGCGAUCCAAUCCAGCUUAUUCAGUUGUGAAGCAGUAUUUCGUGCACAUGGACGACACUGUUCCUCAGAAGGUUGUUGUUCACAAGGAUGGUCCAAGAGGUGUACAUUUUCGACGAGCAGGACCUCGGCAAAAGGUAUACUUUAAGUCGGAUGAAGUGCACGCGUGUAUUGUUACUUGUGGUGGUCUCUGCCCUGGCCUCAACACUGUCAUAAGGGAAAUUGUUUGUGGUCUUUCUUACAUGUAUGGCGUCAACAAAGUUCUUGGCAUAGAUGGUGGUUAUAGAGGUUUUUAUUCCAAAAACACCAUUACUUUAACACCUAAGGUGGUCAAUGACAUCCAUAAGCGUGGGGGUACAAUUCUUGGGACAUCACGAGGGGGGCAUGAUACUGGCAAGAUAGUUGACAGCAUCCAAGAUCGUGGAAUUAAUCAGGUAUAUAUUAUUGGAGGAGAUGGAACACAGAGAGGAGCGGCUGUGAUUUAUGAGGAGGUUAGAAGGCGGGGUCUGAAAGUAACAAUUGCUGGAAUUCCUAAAACCAUAGAUAAUGACAUCCCGGUUAUUGACAAGUCCUUUGGUUUUGAUACUGCGGUUGAAGAGGCUCAGCGUGCCAUUAAUGCAGCACAUGUUGAAUCUGAAAGUGUUGAGAAUGGCAUUGGUGUUGUAAAGUUAAUGGGACGAUAUAGUGGUUUUAUUGCAAUGUAUGCUACCCUCGCUAGCAGAGAUGUGGACUGUUGCUUGAUUCCAGAGUCACCCUUCUACCUUGAAGGAAAGGGUGGACUUUUUGAAUUUAUUGAGAGAAGACUGAAAGAAAAUGGACAUAUGGUUAUAGUCAUAGCUGAGGGAGCAGGACAAGAUCUUCUUACAGAAAGCAUGCAAGCCAUGAACCAGAAGGAUGCUUCUGGAAACAAACUACUUCAAGAUGUUGGUUUAUGGAUAUCUCAUAAGAUCAAGGAUCAUUUUGCAAAGAAGAAUAAGAUGGCCAUCAAUCUUAAAUAUAUAGAUCCAACGUACAUGAUCCGGGCAAUUCCAAGCAAUGCAUCCGACAAUGUCUACUGCACACUUCUUGCUCAGAGUGCAGUUCAUGGUGCAAUGGCAGGAUAUACUGGAUUUACAGUGGGGCUGGUCAAUGGCAGACAUACUUAUAUUCCAUUCAAUAGAAUCACUGAGAGGCAGAACCAGGUUGUAAUUACCGACAGGAUGUGGGCAAGACUCCUUUCUUCAACCAACCAGCCAAGCUUUUUGAAUCCCAAAGAUUUUGAUGAAACCAAGAAAGCAGAACAACCUCCGACUCAAUUGUUAGAAGGGGACAAUUGCAAUGAUGUUGAUGAAGCCGAGGCAACAGAACCACCUCCCACUCAGUUGUUAGAAGGGAACAAUUUCCAUGACGAACAAGAAACAGGAAACCACGCAGACAACACUAUCAAGACGGAAAAAUAGAUACAGAGACCUGUUUAUCUACAAUUGUGUUUGGUAAUGUGUUAUCGUUUGACCCAAACCCGAAAACCUCCAAAGCCACGAGCAUUGGGAGCUGUGCUUUUUGUCCCUUUCCGCGUAUUGCAAGUUGGUAGUCUUUUUUAGAAAGAUUGUCCUCUUGGAUAAUGUAGUAUUCUGAGGACUAUUGUUGAAUCUUUAACCUGCAGCUCACUAAGAAGAAAGAAAUUAUUUUCU